AUGGCAAUGCCCAUGUGGGGCCGGGCAGCUCUUUCUGCUGGAUUCACCAAGCUCAGGACGGGGAUGGCAAGAGGUCCUGCCAUGACCUCCUAUGGACACGUGCAGUCUGGCUGUGGCAGACAGUGGAGGAGAAGAGUGACACCUGUGAGGCACAUCUGGAGUGUUGGGUCCAGACUGGAGCUCCCCAGUACAAGAGGCGUGGACAUACUGGAGCCAAGGGUCACCGAGUCAUAUAUAUCUAAUGGAAGAGAGCUGUCAGAGUCUGGCAGUAACCAGUCCCAACCAAAAAUAUUUCCCCCUGAGACUAGUUCGUCAGAUUCCAGAUCUGCUCUCGCAGCAGAAAAUGUGAAAAGACUGGAAAAGGAGUACAUGACUUCUAAAGAACCCUUCAAUAAGCUUAGAAUGCCUAAGUAGACUAAUCUUGCUCACUUCAACAAAGAGAUGACUAAGAAAACUGGCACAGAGAUUGUUUGGGAUGCAGAGACUGAAAGAGUCUCCUCAUCUUUUCCUGCAAAGUGGAGUGAAAAUAGCAAGGAAGUUUGCAAGAAAACCUCUGAAGAAAUUUCAAGGAAAAAAAAAAUAAGCUAUUUGCUGUCGGCUCAGUCCAUUGGCUCUAAGCUGAAGGAAUCCAAUGGCCAUGACUCAGCUACCAGCAUCCUGCCUGGUGAUACCUCUUUGCAGACAGCGUGCAGGUGGCUAUAUCCGACCUCCUGCUGCAGCAGAAGGCACGACAUGGAGGAUGAGGUGACCCCAACAGAGCAGAGCUAAUCAGACAAGUUUCUGUCUGCUAGGGAACAGGGAGAGAGGAGCUCAGAGGCGGUGGGUGGCAGGAGGUGGCAGGUCUUAAACCCACAGCAGACCGAUUUAACCGCCAGCUUUGCACUCAACCCAGUUGUGGAUCCCAGUCCUACUCUUUGUGUUCUGGAAACAGAUAUGGCCUCACUGGGGCAAGAGCACCUGCAACAUAUCCUGCAGCUGGAACCACAGCACGUGGGGGCUCUGGGUCCUGGAGGGGACUCCAACAGCUAUGGAAACAUGCGACAGAGCCAAGCUGUCACAGACUUGCUCUAUAACGCAGAUAAGACUCUGUAUAAUCAGGCAGAGAGGAUGUGUUGGGACAACUUUGACCCUUGGUUCAGCCCACAUAGGUCUCUUGAUCAGUGGGACUCCCUUCUCAAAUGGUCCAGAGACCCCCUCAGCAAAGACUCUCUAAAGUGCAUCUUUUGCAGCGCUCCUGAAAAGCCAGUCCCAACAGUGGUUGAUCUGAAGGAACAGCCCCAGGAAAUUCUCUUUUGCUGCAGGAGAUGUAAGGAAGUGUUUGAUGCUGUCACCUCAGCGCUGAUGAGUGGAGAUGAAGCAGAGGAAAAGCUGGACUUCACUCCCCAUACUGACCCUUUCCAAGGUGAGGUGAGAAGCAGCAUGGAGAAGCUGCUGCAACACAUUGAGGCAUCCUCACGGCAGUCCUAUGAUGGCAGGAAAGAUCCGUUGUCUGCUGAGCAGGCAGCUGUGCUGAACAGGGCCAAAAUACCAACACUGGGCCAGGAUGGGUCUGUGCUGCCAAGGCAAGGCUUGCCUGAGAGUCUUCACACAGUUCAUCAUGGAAUCAUUUUGGCAUGUUUUCCCCUGUUUCCAGAUGGAAGUGGUCAGGUUUACUCCUCAUUGGACAACGUAGCCAUUGUUAUCAUGUUCUCCUAGGAAGCCUUGUCCACCUAUUGCAUCCUGGAGGACAGCAGUUACCUGGGGAUCAGGGCUACUUUCACAGGGGCAAGAGCCAGAGAGGAGUGCCUGAAGUGGCAUCACUUCAGCCACAACACUCACAGCUCUCCUUUCUAGUCCAUUACCAAAAACCUGAGCAGCCACAUCACCAUCAAAAUCCUGUCUCGGGAUCAAAUGCACUGACUGUUCCCCAGCCACAGUGGUUGUACCUGUUUCAACACGGGCUCCUGGCUGAAGUUGAAGGAUCCAGAGAUAAGUCACCCACUUAAGCAGCCAGACAGCAAAAAGGAGCUCUUCCUUCAAGCCAAAAAGAUUCAGCUCAGGAGCCCGCUGUCCUAAACAGUGUUGCAAUACUUUUGGCAACCUCUCUCUCAGUGA